CUUAGUCCAGUAGACCAAACCAUGAUAGCUAAGAUAUUUCCUUUAGGUGUCAACGUCGGCGACGGUGACCGUAACCGACGCGAACCUCGCAACAAUAGUCAUUUUGCAAUUCCGUGGAGGCCCAUUUAAAAAAUCAUCAACGGUCAUCAUCAUGUCACCAACGCCUGGCACCCGUACUCCCCGUCGCGUGCAAUGGGCAAGCACAGAACAUGUCCACGAACCAGAACCAGUCAGUCCACGCGCACUGGACGAGAUGGCUCAGGAUCCGAACGCGUUUGAAACGCUCAAAGAAGCACUCGAGCGCCACCACUCCUCUCGUACACAUUCUCCAUCUACCCAAAUCAUACCCACCACGGCAGACAUACAUAUCUAUCCCCCAAGCACACCUUCGACCGUGCAUACAUCCCCUACAUCUUCUACCCCGUUCCUCCCACGCCGUACACACGCCCUGCCAGGCGAAGUCUUUAUUGACCCCUUAGAAAGUGCUGGCCUCCCUCUCUCUUCAAGACAAGCAAGCGGGGACUCUGAAUUCCCAGCAGACGGCCGCGUCGAACACCUCGCCGUGCGCGAAGCGGCGGGCGUCGUCAGAGCGCACACUAAACGACGGGGUAUCCUCGGUCGUCGCCACCGCUCAAAAUCACGAUCACGGGUCGCAGAACCAGAGCCAGACUCUGAAAAAGAGUGCUGGGAUACGAACGGAAAAGUCGAAGAAGAAAAACCCCAUACAACUUCGCAACAAUCACCCAAGAAAUCAUGGUGGCAUUUCCGUACUCCCCCCCUCAGUAGCUCCUACCCCUCACCAUCCUCCACCUUACGCACAAUCGCGCGGUUCUUAUGACCCCGAAUCUCACCCUCCGGUACAUCCUUCUCAGCCGAAACUAGGCUCUGGCGUGCUGAGUGCGUUGUUGGCACUCUACGGGCAGGACCACGACGAGCACGAUCCUGCGCAUAGCGAAGACGAGUCAGACCUCUCCAAUCCCGAACGUCCA